AUGGAUUUGAAGCAAAUCCAACUGGUUCAGAGUAAUCAGGGCGAACGACUUGCCAGGCUCGAGCGUCGUCAGGACCAAGAUGCAAACCUCAAAUCCGUUUGGCAGCAGAAUCCCUUUCCUGGCGUCUUGGCCGGAACUCCUCAGCAGGGCCCGACUCACAUGUCCCCAAACGAUAUGUUCGAUGACUUCGACGAAUCUGGUCAGCACUUGCUGAGCUCCCUCCACCUUGGGCCUGCGGAAGAAGAGCCCGCUCGCCGAGGUGCCGCCUCCCGGGCCAACAGCGUCCGGUUUGACGAGAGUGCGCUGCGAGGAGCAGACUGGGCUAGUCAAAGCAAUCGCCAUUCCGGCGAAUUCGCUCCUCCGCGUCCAAGCAGCGGGAUGAUGAUGGAGCGGUCUCUGUCUCAUAAGUCGGACGGACGGCACAGCUCGGCGGGUCAUUCUGUCCACUCCUUCCAUUCGGUUGCCUCGGGUCGAGCUAGCAGCCUGGGUUUGGAUACGAACUUCAUGGUCAGCAGUCACGAGGAUGAUUCUCCAUUGGAUAUGCCGGAGCCACCGCCAGGCCUUUUCAUCUUAGGAUCCGUCCCGACCAUUAUCAGAUGCUGGCUCACAACUCAGUUUGCGCACAACACCAUUCUUUACGCCGACCUCUGUACAGGCUCGCAGAAGUCCGUGCUGGACUACUCCGUUUUGAGAGACCUUGAUCUGUUGGAGGAUGUGCAACGCGACGUCGACGGCACUUUCAAGAUACGACUGCCGGUGUACCUUGUUGAAGCCACUGUCUCGGAGAGGAGCAGCCGCUCGUCGAGUCCCGGCCACCAAAUACCUAGCAUUCUGACAACCUUUGAGGUAUCUGGCGUGGACCAAUCCGAUUUUACGGAACCAAAGAGAGGCAUACAGAUCUUCAUCGGCAGCGAUACGCUAAGAGCACAUCAGGCGGACAUCCUCUUGUCUCAAAAUCGCAUGUGUCUCUUCGGCAGUGAGCGCGAAAAACUGUCUGUUCCCUUCGUACGCCCCGAGGAUGACUCUGUUUUCAAAUACAUCAACACGACAAACCUUGUCCCGGAGAAACCCCGACUGAACGCCAAUGCUGCGCCGUUCGUAUCUGGGGAGCCGCGGUCUCGCGCUGCUUCGGCGCACGACGGUUUGGAGAACAGUGUCUCCAGCGUGCAGGCGGAAGACACGGAGUCUCAGGGGUUGAUCUCUCCGACAGAAAAUCACUCUAUACCCAACAAGUCGAUUGGAGCAAGCAACCUGUCUGAAAGUGGCGGGGAGAGUGAAAGACUAGGUAAAGACACGACCAGUGAGUCCGAGUCUGGCGCGAGAGAUUCGUCGGCCGCGCAGAACAGCUCAGCCAGCACAGACGGCAACCGGCGUGAGUCUGCAGGCGGUAUCUGGGGCUCUUGGCGGCAGAGCACGUCGACAAACGGUGCUGAGAACGGACAGCGGGACGCCAACGGACCGUUGAGCGGUUAUCAGCCCGCUGGACGCGGUAGUCGGAACAUGAAGGUGUUGAAGCCCCUGAAAUCGGGCUCAUCAUCGUCUGCUCGUACCGGAGCUGCCUACGAGCCACCGCUUGCCCCCAGGACAAGCGGGGAACACCGACGGAAAUCUCAGGCCGGUGUUACAGCAGAGACCAACUCCGCGGGAACCAUUCGUUGGGAGCCAAAGAGAACGGUCAGCAGCACAGGAGACUCGAAGGCCCAGCGAGAGGCGAAGAACGCAGCGCCGCCGUUGCCAAGAUCGGCGAACCCUAUCGGAGGAGCAUCUGCCUUUUCAUGGAUGACGCCGACAUCCAAGGCGAAGCCUACGGCGACUGCUGAGUAG